AUGCAUAUUGAAAGGUGUAUCAAAAGCGAAUAUCCAGAGAACCAUGGCCAUUUAAUUAGUCAAUGUUUGAGAAUGUCAAACAUUCAAUUGCCAUCCGAAGAAGAACAAUCUACGGCCUCGCCAAUUGAGGAGAGACCAAUGGCUGUGCCACGAAAAAGAAUGGCAAAAGAAAACCAGGAGGUUAGCUCUUCUGGCAAGAAAAGCAAAUCGUAUGCCUCAAACGCAUACAUUGAUGACGAGGCCUCGUGUCAAAAUGACACUGAACAAUCCAAUACAACCAGUGUGGUCGAACCAGUAGAGGUUCCUACCACCUCUUCCAAGGAGGCGGAGGCUAUCAUCACACCAACUGUCGGAAUUCGACAAAACAUGUCGAUUCUAAGCGCUCCACUGCGACUCAAGGCAAUCAGAGUCUUAAAAAUGCCCACUAUGACUGCCACUACCGAGCAAGAAGACAUUGAUAACUUUCUGAAAGAUAUCUUGUUUCAUUUCAAUGCUGGUCACACUUACGAUGUCUUGGGAAAGUGCAUCCAAUACGUCGGAUGCUAUCACUUUUUCUGUUUCUUGGAAGAAUCCAAAUUACAAGGCAAAGGAUUACAUAAGAAGCACAUGCAAGCAAUCAAAGACGGUCAAUACAGUAAAUACCAGACCAGACUUUUAAAAGCUACCGGUAAAAGACUCAAUGUCUUACUCAAGGACAUUAAGUACGGCGCUCUUGCCAUUGUAAUUCCUUACUCCGUUGCAGCCUUUGAGCGAUGGAGCUGGGAAAAAUUCCAAAAAUUUAUUAGUGUGAUUAACCAGAAUAAAGCCUUAACAAAGGAAUUACAAGAUCUUCAGCUUCACUCCUCUUUCUUAGACAAAACUGGAGAAUUAAAUUACGUAUGUUAUAAAGACAGCGACUAA